ACAGCCCAGCCCUACAGCAGCCCUCAGAUUAUUUACACUUUCUAAAACUGGGGCCACUGCGGUCCGCAUGCGCUCAGCUCACACACAUCAGAAGGUCUAUUUCACUUGCAGCUAACGUCUCAUAGCUGCGUCCAGUUGGAGAGAGAGAGAGAGAGGGGGAGAGAGUGUGUGUAUUUGGUCACUAGGACGGUAUGUGCGGUGCCCCAAAGUCAGUCCUGAACGGGCCGUAGCUCAAGGAGAGAGAAGAGCGUCCGCUAUUACGGUGGGGGCCCUUGGGGUGAACUUUUCACUUCAUUUCACUUCUGUUUAGAGUGACUUUUUCCUUAUUUCCUUUCCUGCGCCUCUCCCUGGUCGGGCGGUUGGUGGAAUGGCAGAGAAGCGACGCUCCCCGUGCACUCUGAGCGUCAAGGCGCACGCGUUCUCGGUGGAAGCUCUGAUCGGGUCGGAGAAGAGACGGAAGCUCGGGGAGGACGACACUAGGGUGUGCUUUCUCGAGGAGGUCACCGAGGUGUUGGAGCUGCCCAGUAACGGAGGGGAGAGAGAGGAGAGGGCGUGCAACCGCGCCAGCGACCGGGGCAGUGAGAUAGAAUGCGUUAGUGACGGCUCGCUGGAGAGCUGUGACGUGCUGUUGGAAAGCUCCCACCCAGAGGCCCAAGCCCAGCGCGCGCCACCGGUAACAGUAACGGUUCCCGGAGAGGAGAUGCGCGUGGACUUGCAGGGCUCCGACCUGUGGAAACGGUUUCACGAGAUCGGUACAGAGAUGAUAAUCACGAAGGCUGGCAGACGGAUGUUCCCCGCUAUGCGCGUGAAGAUCUCGGGUCUGGACCCCCACCAGCUGUACUACAUUACCAUGGACAUUAUCCCCGUGGACAACAAACGAUACAGGUACGUGUACCACAGCUCCAAGUGGAUGGUCGCGGGAAAUGCGGACUCCCCAGUGCCGCCGCGUGUAUACAUCCACCCGGACUCUCCGGCUUCUGGUGAAACGUGGAUGCGUCAGGUGAUCAGCUUCGACAAACUCAAACUGACCAAUAACGAACUGGAUGACCAGGGACAUAUCAUCCUCCACUCCAUGCAUAAGUACCAACCGCGAGUGCAUGUGAUUCAUAAGGAGCGUGGCGAGGAGCUGUCUCAUGUUAGAGCCGUUCCCCAGGGAGACGGAACCAGAACACUCAGCUUCCCAGAGACCACCUUCACCACUGUCACCGCAUACCAGAACCAACAGAUCACCAGGUUGAAGAUUGACAGGAACCCCUUUGCUAAAGGCUUCAGAGACUCAGGCAGAAACCGGAUGGGUCUGGAGGCUCUUGUUGAAUCCUACGCUUUCUGGCGUCCGUCUCUAAGAUCCCUGACAUUUGAAGACAUCUCUGGAAUUAAGCAAGGAGCCCCGGGACCCCAUGGAGGUGUUGGAUCGCCUCACCUGCUCUCCUCCUCUCCUUGCUCCUCCCCCUUCCAGGUGUGGCCUCUCACUCCCCCGGACUACACCUGCAGCCGGCCGACACACACACCCAUACAUCGCUACAGUAACCUCCCCGAGCCUUUCCCCUCUCCUACGUCCCGAGGACCGUCAGCCUAUGACAGCGAAGGAUUCUGCUCUAUGUCCCUCCCUCCCUCUCAGAUUGGAUAUCUACAAAACCCUGCCCACCAGGGUUACGGAAGUCUCCGCCUCCACUCCCCCCCUUACGGUCUCUACGGUUACGCCUUCCCCACCUCCCCCCGCCUCAUUGCCAGCCCAGACAAGAUGGCGGCUGCUUCUGCCGCUGCAGCCAAUCAGAACCCUUUUCUCGGCUCCUCACCCAGCGGAACCCUGGCGGACAGUCUGGGCAUGCUCAGUGGAGGCCAGCAAGCCAACUUCCUGUUUGACUCUCGGACGCUGGGAAUGGCUGGCAGCCAGUCAGGGGGAGGGGCUUCACAGGUCACUACCCACAUGGGCUGAGAAAUACUCCGACCCUGACCCCCAGGGUUGCUAUCACAAAUAGCUGCUUCUCCGGGUAGGACAUGGGUUUGGAACUCUGGAAUAAAUCACCAGCCAAUGAGGAUUGAUGAGACAUCUCAUAGACCUAUGAGGAGACAGAGAGAGAUGGAGAGAUGGAGAGAGAGAGGAAACAGAGCGAGACAGCUUUAGUGAUGUUUGUGUGAGCGCUAAGAAAGAUAAAGAAAGAACGUCAAAUUCCGCAGACUAAUGGGAUAUUGUUGUUGUUGUUGUUUGUAAGUAUGUUAUUAAAGGACUAAAUAAACAGAAGCUUCUGAGAGACUGAAACAGCUGCGUUGGAGGAGAUCUGGGGGUCUGAUACAAGUCUGGAGACCUGAGAGAAUAAACACACCCACCAACAAGCCCCGGAGCUGGAGAUUCAACAUCUGGAAGAAUCGGGAAAUAAACACUACGAACACUUCAGCACCUGUGGUUUCCUAUACGUCUCUGAACAGUUAUAACCUCACACAGCUCCUAGGAACAGAGUUGACACAGUGAGAGGUCUCCUAUACAGCGUCUCUGAACAGUUAUAACCUCACACAGCUCCUAGGAAUAGAGUUGACACAGUGAGAGGUCUCCUAUACAGCAUCUCUGAACAGUUAUAACCUCACACAGCUCAUAGGAACAGAGUUGAAACAGUGAGAGGCCUACUGAGAUAUAUGAAUGGUGUUAUAAAGGACUGUAUUCCCAUGCCAAAGAUACAGUGUCAGUCAAUCUGCAAUGUUUCCCUAUUCCUUAUGUAGUGCACUUCUCCUGGCUGGAAACCUAUAAAGCAGCCCUAUGAAGCUCUGGCCUAAAGUAGUGCACUACAUAGGGAAUAGGACUUUGGCCUAAAGUAGUGCACUAUAUAGGGAAUAGGACUCUGGCCUAAAGUAGUGCACUGUAUAGGGAAUAGGACUUACAUCACACGUUGUGUGUGUGGCAUGUUUUAACAAUUUGACAUAAAGGUGUCAUAACUGCUUAUAACCUUUAUACAUAAUGAACUGUGCUAAUGGUGGGUCAUGUGACCUAACGCACUUACUGCCAACACACACACACACACACACACACACACACACACACACACACACACAUUUCCUGCCAACCCACAGCGUUCUGCCUGGCCUCUGUCUAUGACGGACAAGCAGCUUCAUGAGCCAAAAAAACAAUAAAAAGUAUAAUAUUAUUACACACUAA